AAACAGCGUCUCCCUCACGCCAAAGGUGAGAGAGGGGAAAGAUCUGAUCGGUGAUUUUUUUUUGUUUGGGUUGGUUCGUCGGAGUUUUUUUUUGGAUCAGAAUGAGCGGUGGCGACGAGAACAUGAGUGGUGGAGAGAGACGUAAGGGAUCGGUGAAGUGGUUUGACACACAGAAGGGGUUUGGUUUCAUCACACCAGACGACGGUGGUGACGAUCUCUUCGUUCAUCAGUCUUCCAUCAGAUCUGAAGGGUUUCGUAGCCUCGCCGCUGAUGAAUCUGUUGAGUUUGAGGUUGAGGUUGACAACACCGGCCGUCCCAAGGCUGUUGAAGUGUCUGGACCCAACGGUGCUCCCGUUCAGGGAAACAGCGGUGGUUCAUCUGGCGGUGGACGCGGUGGUUUUGGCGGUGGUAGAGGUGGGGGACGUGGUGCUGGAAGCUACGGAGGCGGUUAUGGUGGUAGAGGUGGCGGUGGCCGCGGAGGAGGUGGUGGCGAUGGUACUUGCUUUAAGUGUGGUGAACCAGGUCACAUGGCGAGAGACUGUUCUCAAGGUGGCGGUGGCGGUGGCUACGGAGGAGGUGGUGGCGGCGGAAGGUACGGCUCUGGCGGAGGAGGUGGUGGUGGCGGAAGCUGCUACAGCUGUGGAGAGUCGGGACAUUUUGCUAGGGAUUGCACUAGCGGCGGUGGUGGCCGUUGAAGCAAACAAGACGGUGAAGAAGGGUAAAACAGUCAUCUAACACAUGAGAAAACGAUCCUCUUCUCCCUGACUUCUAUCAAAAAUAUUUUAUCUCUCUCUCUCUCUCUCUCUUUUGUUAUCAACUCUUUUCAUCUUUUCGGAUUUUAUUUUAAAAACAAUUAGGAACUUGUGGUUAUGCUUAUGAAUGAUGCUUUGCUUGUGAUUGAGUAAGAAGCUGGAUUGGUUUGUAUUGCAUGUAUCUAUCUCAACAAGUUCUUGCUCUA